AUGCGACAAAGAGAAAGUAAAAUGUUUGCUGAAAUCUUAAAUAGGUUACGAGAAGGUAAACAUACAACUACUGAUCUUCAAAAUCUGAAGGAAAGAUGUGUUCAGGAAUCGAGUUGUCCUCAAGAAGCUCCACGCUUGUUUAUUCAAAAUACUUUAGUAGACAAAUAUAAUGAACAAGUAUAUGAAUCAUUUACUGAUAAUAGAUAUACAAUUAAAGCUCAAGAUAGUGUUAUUGGAGCAGCUUCAGCUGAACUUAAGGAAAAAAUAAUGAGGCAAAUACCUUAUGUUCCGUUAAAAAAUUCUAAACAGUUAGCUCACAAGCUAAAACUUGCUGUUGGGCAACGUACAGAAGUUGCAACAAAUGUGCGAACUGACGAUGGUCUUAGAAAUGGGGCGAGUAACAUUAUAAAGUUGAUACAGCUCACUGAUGAGAAUAAACCUUCGGGUCUUAUUUGGGUCUAAUUUGAUUAUGAAGAUGUUGGUAGAAAAACUCGUCAAGAAAACAGAACGCUUUAUGUCACAGGAAUUCAAAGCACAUGGACACCAAUUAAACCUGUCACAACCCAAUUUCCAGUUGGUAGAACGAAAUCUGCUCAAGUUGUUAGAAAACAGUUUCCAUUGCGACCAGCAUCAGCAAAAACUGUUCAUAGAUCACAAGGUGAUACUCAAACACAAAUUGUUGUAAACCUAAACAGCAACAGGGAUUUCCCCCACAUUCAUUAUGUUGCUCUAAGUCGAGUUACAACAAUAGAAGGAUUAUACAUCACUGACUAA